AUGGCGACCAACAUAUCUGGUCGGACGGGGCAUUUCGAAGUUUAUAUACGCCAGCAAUGGUGUAAAGUGACAGUGACGUUAAAUGAUGAAUCAUUAACUUUAUCCCUUGACGAACCUCCUGAAAAUAUGUCCACAUCUUCCACAAACAACGAUAUAUCAGCUCAGUCCAGUAACGUCCCAUCAAAUACCCAAGAAGCCGCUCAUGUACCUGACAAUAUUCCUGGCCAAAAGCGAGUUGUCAAAGUUAUCAAAGAGGAAACAUAUGGCCUUGGUAUAAGUAUUAAAGGUGGAAGAGAGAAUAAAAUGCCAAUUUUGAUCAGUAAGAUAUUUAAAGGCAUGGCUGCUGAUAAAACUGGACAGUUGUAUGUUGGUGAUGCAAUUCUUGCAGUAAAUGGCGAAGAUCUUUGCAACGCCACACAUGACGAGGCUGUCAGGGCAUUGAAGAAUGCUGGAAAGAUAGUUGAAGUGGAAG